AUGUCUCUUAAAGAUAGUUUAAAGAAACAUUUCUGUGCGGUGUUGGAACUCAUACUUCCUCCAUGCACCACCACAUCAUUAGUUCCAAAUGGUGUAAACUCUACUAUUACUACUAGUACUAAUAGUAAUAGUAAUAUUAUUAAUAAUAAUGGUAAUAAUAGUGAUAGUACUGUUCCUUACUUUGAUUGGGUUCAGUACAGUGAUGAUGUACACGAUGUGUCCAGCACAACGGAAGUUGUCACUUUACUCUUAGCGAAUGAAUUGUCGCUUGGCGGGCGUCUCUUCAACAUUUGCGUAAAUGCAUGGAAAGAGUGCAAAUCCCAACAGAAGGAAGAAAAAGAAAAAGAAAAAGAUAAAGAAGAAGAAGAGAAGGAGGAACUGCGAUUACUUCUACAGACUACACUUAUAACGGUAUUGACAGAUUAUCACUGCGGUGCCUCACAUAUCGAACGGGAUAUUGUUAAUACAAAUAUUACCGAACAAAAUAAUAAUAAUAAUAAUAAUAAUAAUAAUAAUAAUAAUAAUAAUAGUGUUAUUGCAUCUCCUAUGCAUGAAAGUGGUUGUUCGCUUACACUCCUGGUUCGAAGAGCAGCAAGUCUGAUAGGACGAAAUGAGUCCUGGGGAGAAUCCUUUACUGUAGAUGAUAUGGAGAAUACAGAUGCGGUGGAAGAUGUAGAUUAUAUGGAUGCUAUUCAACGACUGUGUGUAUUUGUUGUUUCUGUCGCUGAGAAGGUUGCUGCUGCGGCGGCGGCCAAGCCUUUCUUAUCAUACAAUUCCCCACAACAAGGUAAGAGUGUGUGUAAACGGGAGAGAGACGAAGAUGCAUGUGUAGAAAUAGAGGAGAAAGAAAAGGUAAAAGAGGAAUGGUUUGAAGUGAUAGAUGAGGAUUCCAUUCACCAAAAAGAAGAAGAAGAUGAACAGAUGUAUGGAAGAAGAGAGAUGGAGAAGCCAGUGAAGAUAGCAGAUAUACUUUCUAAUGUGAAUAAUACUCCUGUGGAUAUUUCCUCUACGAACAGAGAAACUCUUUCAGAAGUGGGAAGUGUCAUAGCGGCUUUAAGUAAAGCCUGUGAGGCCCGCACACUGUUGGAUGCCUCCGCCUGGCAGUAUGGGCGAAAUAGAAUCACGUUGGCGUCCAUGACAGUCAUUCUGCAGGAUUCAUCUCAUCAUCAUAAUUCUCCCCCUCAUGAAAAGAAUGAGAAUCACAAUAAUAAUAAUAAUAAUAAUAAUAGUAAUAGUGUUAGUAAAACUGUGAGUGAUACGGAUAGGCUUCCAGUGAUUAUAAAAGCCGAAGAAAGUGAUCAUCUUAUGGCAAUGACAGUAACACCUUCAGAGCACAAUAACGAUAAUAACAAGAAUAGUGAUAACGAUACUGUAUGUGUAACUACAAUAAAAGAGAAGGGACCGCAGCAGUUAGUCGGUUACUUCAUGCAUGAGACAGCCACAUUGUAUACAAAUCAAGGCAAACGAUAUUAUAUGGAAAUACCGUGA